GCAAUGCAGUGCUCCUGUGUUGGUUUUGUAUAUAAGAUUUGCUAUGCAAUUCCAAAACUAAAAGAGGAGGAGAGACGGCCCUGCGUCCCAGAGCAAGCAGAAUCAGAGGUGAAAGGAGAAACUAUGACUUGGAACGACACCACUAUGGACGAGGAAGGGCUGCUGGUGGAAAGGGACUCCUCUUCCUUUCGGAUCCUCACGGGCUGCUUCCUCUCGCUGCUGAUCCUCUCCACGCUGCUGGGGAACACACUGGUCUGCGCAGCUGUCAUUCGCUUUCGCCACCUCAGGUCCAAGGUCACCAACUUCUUUGUCAUCUCCUUGGCCGUGUCAGAUCUCUUAGUGGCGGUUUUGGUCAUGCCUUGGAAAGCUGUGGCCGAGAUCGCCGGUUUCUGGCCUUUUGGUUCAUUUUGCAACAUCUGGGUGGCCUUUGAUAUUAUGUGCUCAACAGCCUCCAUCUUAAACCUCUGUGUCAUUAGCGUGGACAGAUACUGGGCCAUCUCCAGCCCGUUUAGGUACGAGAGGAAGAUGACCCCCAAGGCAGCCUUCAUCAUGAUCAGCGUGGCGUGGACUUUGUCCGUGCUGAUCUCCUUCAUCCCAGUGCAGCUCAACUGGCACAAGGCUACAACCACGAGCUUUUUGGACUUCAACGCCAGCUUAGAAGGUGUAACCAUGGACAACUGUGAUUCUAGCCUAAACAGGAUGUAUGCCAUCUCCUCUUCUCUGAUUAGCUUCUACAUCCCCGUGGCCAUCAUGAUAGUCACCUACACCAGGAUAUACCGGAUUGCUCAGAAGCAAAUCCGGCGCAUCUCGGCUCUGGAGAGAGCAGCAGUGCAUGCCAAGAACUGCCACAACCCGGGUGGCAACAGGAGCAGCAUGGACUGCCAGCAGCCAGAGAGCAACUUCAAAAUGUCCUUCAAGAGGGAAACCAAGGUGUUAAAGACCCUCUCAGUGAUCAUGGGGGUGUUUGUGUGCUGCUGGUUGCCAUUUUUUGUGUUGAACUGCAUGAUUCCCUUCUGCGAGCCCACCCAGCCCUCCAAGGGGGCCGAGGCUUUCUGCAUUAAUUCCACCACCUUUGAUGUUUUUAUAUGGUUUGGAUGGGCCAAUUCUUCCCUGAACCCCAUCAUCUAUGCCUUCAACGCCGAUUUCCGCAAGGCAUUCUCCACCUUGCUGGGCUGCUACAGGCUCUGCCCCCUGGCUGGCAACGCCAUCGAGACCGUCAGCAUCAACAACAACGGGGCCGUGGUCUUCUCCAGCCAGCACGAGCCCAAAGGGUCCAGCCCCAAAGAGUCCAACCUGGUUUAUCUGAUCCCACACUCCAUUAUCUGCCCGGAAGAAGAACCUCUUAAAAAGGAAGACGAGGAGGGUGAACUGUCAAAGACCUUGGAGAAAAUGUCUCCAGCGCUGUCGGGUAUCUUGGAUUACGAAGCUGAUGUUUCUUUGGAAAAGAUCAAUCCCAUUACACAGAAUGGGCAGCAUAAAACCUGA